GGAACACUGAUAUAAAAAUGCAUGGAUGAACCCAAUGUGUUCACUAAAUUGGCUCCCACAACAGCACAAAGGAAGUGUCUGUCUGUUUGUUUUCUCAGGUUAUCUCUGCGACCAUGUUGUUCUCAUUGAAAUCAACUGGAGUGUCUCUUCUCAUACUGACAGCACUACUUUACAUUGCAGAUUCCUACCCUAACGGUGACAUGGCACACAUUGGCUGUGAGGAAUGCAAAUUAAAGAAGAACACUGCGUUUUCACGUGCUGAUGCCCCAAUCUUUCAGUGUGUGGGCUGUUGCUUCUCCAGAGCUUACCCAACACCCCUCAGGUCCAAGAAGGCCAUGCUAGUCCCAAAGAACAUCACAUCUGAAGCUACAUGCUGUGUCGCAAAAGAGGGCAAACCGGUGAUCAUAGAAAAUGUCAUUCUGAGGAACCACACAGAGUGUCACUGCAGCACUUGCUAUUAUCACAAGUCACCAUAAGCAUGAGGGAAAAUUGGGGAUGUCCUCAUCGUAGCUUGGCGACAUCAGUUGUCUUUAUGACACAAAGACAACAAUUAUUUUACCCUCAGUGUGCUGACAAUAUUUAAAACACUCUAAUAUGUAGCCUAGUUCUUGUGAUAUAAAGUGAUUGUUUGUGACUGAUAAAUUGUAUUGUGUUGAUAAAAUCAGUGUAGACUGCGCUAUGUGAAAUAAAAACAUAAUCCAACUCAAACUAA